AUGUCACAAAUGACCCACAUAGGCCACCCACCAAGCCUAGCUGCUGCAAACACCACUCGAGAGGCGAUUCUACCACCAAAAUGCAACUUUUCAGAGCCUCAAGCAUCCUCUUCCAGACUUGUAGAACAGCAAAUGAUUGAAAAUGGUAUACUAACUACUGAAGAUAUUAAUUUACAGGUCUUUGGUAGUAGUGAACCAAAUUUAGGCUCUAACUUUCACUCACCAGAGACUUUACAUGCCACUAUAAACUACUAUAAUGCUUACAACUCGUUUACAGCUGCAGAACGCAAGCUGGAAAGGACAAUUGAGCAAAUCCAACGAGAACAAAUAGACUUGUAUCAAGACCCUACCAACUCUAUUGAUAAUUUCUUCAAUGAGAAUAUCAAUGUGGAUGCUGACCAGCCUAUUGAAACUGAUAAAAUAGAUCAAGACACUGGGCUCAAGUUCUCAUCUCAUGAACUCACCAAAGAUGACCCCGACCCUUUCGAGCCUGGUGGCAAGCUGCUCUCACUUGAUGGUCGCUCUGAUCUGAGCACUCAACCUCCUCAUCUCCUCACAACAUAUUCACUCUUGCAAAUGCCAAGGGAGUCUUUACCAUGUGAGGCAGCUGAGAUCAUGCUCAAAACAACAACAGAAGAACAUGGAACUGUUGCUGCACUUGCAGCACUAUCAAAAGAGCUAGAUGAAGCUCACACAGAUGCUGGUGUUAUUAAUGCCUUCAGCCCUCGUCGCCAUUUUAUGACCAUGUCAAGUGAAACCUACCAACUCCUUGCAUGA